AUGCGCACGUUACGCUCCCGUCAGAUGCAAUACACAAUUACCUGCAAUAUAAGCUUCAGCACAGCAUACAUACCAGCAACUCCAGCGAGUUGGGGAUGAGCAAUAACACCAGCAAGCGCUUGGAUAGAGACUGGAGCAAGCAGAACUGGACUAGCAGAGAACUUAGCCCAAAUUGCUGCAACGAAGGGGCAUUGAAAAAAGAGAUGAGAAUGAGACUCUGUUCCGGAGAGACAAAGAACACACUGCGUUGGAACGUUCAUGCCCCACGAAGCAAGCCGGUCCCUGGUGGGAAGCCUAGCGAGAGCCACCAUCCAAGUAACAAAAGAACAUCUUGGUAUUUCUUCCUUGAACCAGACUAGUCUGCUCCAUGGUACCAGAGGUGAGGGUUCUCUCAGCCUAAUUCAAGUAGCCUUGGUCGAGAACUUCUGGACAUAAUGGACCUCUCCAUUCCUCCACAGAUAGACAUCCCUGCCAUUCUCAUCAGAAGGAGGGGUCAUUGUUGAGAGGACAAUCUGCAAAGUCUCUGCCUAGUCGGACCGAGCAUGAGGAAUUAGCCAGUGGCCAUUAGCAGCCGCCUCACACACGCUUGCCUCCCUUCGAAGACGAAGUUCUCUGGUGCCAGAUUCACCAAACGCACAGAUCAAGGGUCCCAUAUCAUUCCAGAAAUCAUACCAGAACUUAGCUGUUUUCCCAUCACCCACACUACAUCUUAGGAACACAGCAACGCUGUCUACGAUUAUGUUUCUGGCUACGAUAACUUGCAUGUGAACGUGACCCAAGAAAAAUGAUUAGACGGUAUGCUGAUAAAAGUGAGAAACUAAUUGAAAAAUAUCAACCAACCAGUUGAAGUAAUUAUCAAAACGCAUGUCUUCAGCCAUUGAGAAACAAAGUGUAUAAAUUCAAACGCAAACGCUGAAAGAAGACAAGCGUCCGAAGAAUGCGGAUUGCGACCAAUAAAACAAGAACGAAAAGGACGUUCACGUGGACCUACCCGCAGCGUAUAAGAACCUCUCUCACUCUCCACCAUCACCACUUCUCUCACUAUAACCGCAUCCCCCACUCUAACGAACCCAAACGAGUUUCCAUUUUCAAAUUCGAAUUUCAAAUUUUCAUCGAUGAAGGUGAUCGCGUCGAGAAACUCAAAGCGUAAGGCUGGGGCGACGCCGUUCGCCGCGAAGAACCUUCCGUCGAUGAGUUCGAUCCGGAAGAGAGCUCUGAUCUCUCCACUAUCCGCUGCUUCCGGCUCCAAUUUGCUUUCUGCAGUCGAUGACAAUGUCUCAUGCGGUUCAAGCAGAGUCGAGGAGAGCUCGAAGCUGAAGAAGAUUCGAAUCGAAGAGGAAGAAGAAGAAGUUUCGGGACCUGCUGAUCCGAAGCUUCGGAGGAUCACGAGGUCAUACUCUAAGCUAACCAAGGAGAAGGAAGGAGACGAGAUCGAAGUAAGCGAAACGUCCUUCACACGAUCCGACGUGACGUUUGCCGAGAAUAAGGAGAGCGACGUCGUUUCGGGAGUAGAGUCUUGCUCCAAGUUCGGGAGCGUAACCGGAGGAGGAGGAGGCGAUUACGAAGAAACUGAAAUCUCCAAACCGAGCGGACACGUGGAAGCGAAGACGGAGUUUGAGACAAUCGGAUUCGUCUCCGAUCUCGCUUGCGAAGAGACGUUCUCCGACGAAGAGGAUGAGUCGUCGGAGAUAUUUUCACAGUACUCAUCGGAUUACACUUCUUCAGUUUUUUCCGACUCUGGCAGCGAGUUCUCGGAGAGAUCUAGCUCUGAUGAUUCUCCUGUUUCACAUAGUCGCUCUCUGUACCUCGCGUUCAAGGAACAGUUCUGUAGAUCCACGAUCCCUAACGAUCUCGAAUCCUCUCGCGAAGAACUAAGCCGUGAAACUCAAUCUGACCUGUUAAGGUUUGAAGAUGAAGAGGUGGAAGAGAGCUAUCAAAGGCUGAGGGAAAGAGAGAGAAGUCAUGCGUAUCUGCGUGACUACGCUAAAGCUUACUGCUCCAGGAUGGAUCAUGCUGAUUUCAUCCCUCAGCUACGCUUGAUCAUGGUUCAAUGGAUUGUGGAGCAAUGUUCUGCAAUGGAGCUUCAGCCGGAGACGUUGUUUCUAGGAGUUAGUCUGCUGGAUCGUUUCCUGAGCAAAGGAACCUUCAAGAGCGAGAGGAACCUAGUACUAGUCGGGAUUGCGAGUCUUACUCUGGCCACCAGAAUUGAAGAAAACCAACCUUACAAUAGCAUCCGGAGAAGGAACUUCUACAUCCAGAACCUAAAGUACAGCCGGCAUGAAGUGGUGGCAAUGGAGUGGCUGGUUCAAGAAGUUCUCAACUUCAAAUGCUUGUCACCCACAAUCUUUAACUUCUUAUGGUUUUACCUAAAAGCUGCACGAGCCAAUCCAGAAGUUGAAAAGAAAGCGAGAUCCUUGGCCAUAACCUCACUAUCCGAUCACACUCAACUCUGUUUUUGGCCCUCAACUGUAGCAGCCGGGGUUGUAGUUCUCGCCUGCAGUGAACACAACAAAAUCUCAGCCUACCAACGAGUCAUAAAGGUUCAUGUUAGAACAAAAGAUAGCGACCUGCCUGAAUGCGUCGAGGUAUUUUGUUCAACAUCACUCUCAUCGUAUCAGACCUCCUUUUCUCCACUAAAGAGUUGACGGAUGUGUUUUAAAUUCGCGUUUCUAUAUACAGAGCCUGGAAUGGUUGCUUGAGCAGUAAGAAAUCCACAAGAACAAAUUACACCAACAACCAGAUACAGUAUACUCCAAUACGAACUCACAGGUUAUUAUUACCAUUUACACAACAAACAUUUAUAAGGUAUAUAACAAGACAAUGCCUCUACAGAUUUAUAUGCUUAAUCUCUGGACUUAAUUAGCUCGUCUCUGCAUUACUAAUACCAAUUAUCAGGCCACAUUUGUGCUGCCACACACAUUUAUUGCUUAUUUUGUUCAAUACAUUACAAUCUCAUUUUAUUAAAACUUUUUUUCCUAUUUCUUCUUUAAUAAGGUGUGAAAGACUUCUUAUAUUUUCAGUCAUCACUGUCAUUUUUAUAUUGGUUAGAAGAUCAAUUUUUUUGUGUCUCUAAGGUAAAUAACCUAGCGUCUGAAAAUAAAUAAAACAUAUAAUUGGAAGGACUGUAGGAUUAUAUAUAUGGUUUUUGGUACAACUACGAUAUGAAAUGAUGACAUAAUUGCUGAUUGUUGCCACCGGAAUGAUAUUCCAAUGCUUGAAUCCUGGCGCAAAAUUUGACAACAUCAUUUCACAUGAUCUCUUGUUUAUAUCUACACUAGUAUCCUGUUCAAUGUGAACUUCGCAUAAUUCAUUCACUCUUAAGUCUUAACAUUAAAAUUUCAGAUAAGAACUUGCAUAUAAAAGCUAAAAUUGUUAUUUCUCUAGUUUCAUUAAAACAUAUACCAUUCAACACUUUUUGGGUUAUCAUUUUAGACAUUUUUAAAAGAUAUUCGUUUGAGAAAGAUAAUAAAACUAUAGACAAUUGAAAAGGUAAUGGCAUGAAGUUUUCCGGACCGUUUAAAUUGCUUUCUGACGUGGGAAUAUAUCACUACAAUUAAAAUAUGCAAAUAAUGACUUUUUCUUUUAGUAAGCA